ACAGUUUGCUUUGUUUUGCGAUCAUGCCAUGUAUUAAGCUUUUUUUAAAAAAGUAGUUAAUAAAACCGUAAAGCUUGUUUCUAUAAUCUAAUUCCAUUUGAACUUACGCAUUAUCAAUCAAGUUUUAUAUUUAUCAGUUGUCAGUCUUAAUUUGAACAGUAACCCAUCGUUUUGUUGUAUUUACACUGUUUACAUUAUUAUAUUUAUAAGUUUAUAAAAAUGGUAAACUACUGCUGCGUACAAGGAUGCGGUCGCAAUAGCAGAUUAAAUAAACAUUUAAAUUUUUACAACUUGCCGAAAGAAAGGCAUCGGCAGAUAGAAUGGCUAAAAGCUGCUCAACGGGAGGACUUAAUAAAGAAAAAUGAAGAUCGAAUUGUCUCGCCUCGUUUCUGUUCCCGCCAUUUUCCUCCAUCUAGUAUUAAAAAUAGAAAUCUGAGUCCUGAUGCAGUACCUACUCUAUGUCUCCCUGGUAGUUGGGAUGAUGAUGACACAGAAAGCAGUCCACCAGUGCACAUUGACAUAAUCUGUGAUAAUUGUAGUAAACCUAUAACAGGUUUCCGUUACAAAUGUGUCAAUUGUGAUGACUAUGAUCUGUGCCAGAAAUGUGAGAUGAUGGAAGCACAUUCACAUCAUUUCAUGCUGCGGAUGCCCAAGCCUUUGAAAUAUAAACUAGCAGAUAAUCUAAUAAAGAAAUGGAGGCGUCUUUUCAAGAAAGCGCAUGUAACACCGAAUUGUGAGGAUAAUUUAGAUAUUUCAAGUGAUGAUGAACCGAUAAGAAAAUAUGCAAACUACGACAGCGGUAUCGAGUUAUCCGAAGAUGUGAAAUUAAAAAUAAGGAAAGAAAUACAUCGAACAUUGAAACUUCAUCCUGAGGAUGUUCAAAAUAAAAUAUCAAAGAAAAGAAGUAAUACUGAAGUUGAAGGUUUUAAUAAACGAAUGGCAAUAGAAAAUUUAGAAGAUGAUGGGGAAUAUUUAAUAGUAAGCAAUAAUGCACCUGAUGUUGUGUUUGCGGACGUCAAUGAAAUAAAAGAUGAAGAAAUUGUGGUUACCAAUAAUGAACUCUCGGAAUCAUUUGCUUCUAUGUUACCAAAUAAUGAUUCCCCCGUUGUGCUGGUUCAGAUAGGUGAUGAUAUAUCUCAGUUGAUGAUUUUAAAUUAAUUCGACUUUAAGAAACUAUUACAUUAUUGAGAAAAUAAUUACUACUAAAUAUAUGUAAUUUAA